AUGAAUAUGAUCAAGGUUGGGCCAGCGGGAGGACAGAAGGGAACUGUUUGGGAUGAAAAGGGAAAAGGCCAAAUAGCCAAGAUUUUUGUUUCCUAUGGAGGCCAAAUUUGUUCACUUCAAUUCCUGUUCGUUGAGAAUGACAAAUUUGUUUUGUCUGACAUACAUGUUGCUGAACACAACAAAAACUUCACUACGGUUGUGUUGGAUUAUCCAUCCGAAUUUCUUACUUGUAUAAGAGGUUCUUAUGAAAUCGAGACGCGUAAUUAUUCGUUAACAUAUACGAGGUCAAUAACAUUCGGCACCAACAAGGGUAGCUAUGGGCCAUAUGGCAUGAACACCGCAUCAUCAGGCACCAAUUACGUAGAUUUCAAGUUUGAAAUAGGAGAUGAUCGUUCUUUUGGUGGAUUUCACGGCACCAAAUCCGAUUGUCGGAUUAGAAGUAUUGGGGUCUAUGUGAAGCCCAUCACAUCCUCCAUGAUCGCAUCCACUGAUUCUCAAGUGAAGGUUAAAAGGAAAGAAGAAGAUUAA